GGACCUCACUGCUCGCUGUGACUUAGCCACAGAGGGAAGGCUCAGGGAGACUCACGCCUCCAGCUACAGGGAGGCUGCUGCUGGCUGCAUGCCACAUGCUCUAGCCCGCUGAGUUACACCAGCGCCGGUUCUGUGCCGUGGUUACACAUAGAGCAGCCACCGGCCCGGGGCACAGCACGUCUGACUGCAGGAAACUCCCGGAGGACAGAGCAUGGAGACCCGGCUGCUGCUAGCGCUAGUGAGCACCUUGUGCGCGGUGCAGUGUGAGCUGCUGCUAGAUGAUGAUGACGAAGGAAAUCUGACCUUAAGAACGUUCUACAGUAUUCCCUCUGAUGAUGAUUUUGAAUAUUUUCCAGAGGACGCAAUAGAUGGCUCAGGAGAAGCAUCUGGUCUGGAGCCUGCUUUGCCACGCAGUCGCAGCGUAAAGCUUGAAACCCCCAAAAAUAUCACAAAGGAUGCUCAAGUGUAUCUCACUAGUCAGUGGUUGACUAAGUUUGUACCAUCAGUGUACACCCUGGUGUUCCUUCUUGCUCUGCCUCUGAAUAUUAUGGCAAUCAUCAUAUUCCUGUGUAAGAUGAAAGUCAGGAAGCCAGCGGUGGUGUACAUGCUGAACCUGGCAGCUGCCGACGUGCUCUUUGUUAUGGGGCUGCCUUUCAAUGCUGCAUAUCGAUUCUCCGGGAACAACUGGCUGUUUGGACCUGGAAUGUGCCGAUUUGUCACUGCUGCCUUUUACUGCAACAUGUACUGCUCCAUCCUGCUUAUGACCAGCAUCAGUGUGGACAGGUUCCUGGCUGUGGUUUUUCCAAUGCAUUCUCUUUCCUGGCGCACCAUGAGCCGAGCCUGGCUGGUCUGUCUUUCCGUCUGGAUAAUAUCCAUAGCCAGCACCGUGCCGCUUCUAAUGAGUGAGCAAACUCAAUACGUUACCUCACUAGACAUCACCACCUGCCAUGAUGUGCUGGACCUAAAAGACCUCCAGACGUUCUACCUUUAUUAUUUCUCCACUUUCAUCUCGGCCUUCUUUCUCUUGCCGCUUAUCAUUACCAGUGUCUCUUACAUUGGUAUCAUCCACAGCCUCAGCAGUUCUAGCAUGGAGAACUCCUGUAAGAAGACUCGAGCCUUGUUCUUAGCUGUUGUUGUGCUUUGUGUUUUUAUCUUGUGUUUCGGGCCAACAAAUGUCAUCUUUCUAAUUCAUUAUCUUUAUUUUGAUCAUGGAAACAAUGAGUCUCUGUAUUUCGCCUACAUCCUAUGUGCCUGUAUAAGCAGCAUUAGUUGCUGCCUGGAUCCUCUUAUCUAUUACUAUGCGUCCUCACAGUGUCAGCGCUACCUCUAUAGUUUACUGUGCAAUAAGAAAGUGGAUGAACCCGUAAGCAGUAGCGGCCACUUAAUGAGCUCAGCUAGUAAAAAUGAGACUGGUAUCACAGUGGCAAAGAGCAGCAUCUACCGGAAGCUAUUGACAUAAAUAUUACCUAUAUGAUUAUUCUACUUACUGCACCUUCUUGUAUAGGAUAGCGUAGCCUUCUUUGUGUUCGGCUUGGGCUCUCCGUAUCAGAGCAAUGGUUUUCAGCAGAAUUGAAGUUUAAAUUAUAUAGUACCAACUAAGAAAUGUCUAGGACAAAGAGUAUUUAUUUAAAACAUAGCUACAAAUCAUUCACCUUCACAAUAUGUAGCGGUUCUGUUAUUAUAUGAAAUUGAUCUGUGGUGAUCUGCAUUAGAACAAAGCUUGAUAAAUGUACUCGUUAUCUUCACAGUUAUUUAUUCUUCAGAAAAUAUUCUAUAGAGUCCUAAAUAGAGUAAUCCCAGGUCUUGUAAAAGUAACCUGUGACACUGCAUUAAGGGAAUUUGUACAGUAACUGGUGUUCUGCUCAGCCCCGAAAGCUUUAGCUACAGUAUAGGGCAUCAAGUGUAUGAGGUGAUCCUUUAAAGCAGGGAUGGGGAACCUUCGGCCCUCCAGCUGUUGUUGAACUACACAUCCCAGCAUGCCCUGCAACAGUUUUUGCAUGGCCAAAUAGCAAAAUUGUUGCAAGGCAUGCUGGUAUGUGUAGUUCAACAACAGCUGGAGGGCUGAAGGUUCCCCAUCCCUGCUUUAAAGUAUAUUCCAAUAAGGAAAAUGCCAUUUGAGACGUUACCAAGGUUACUAAAACUAUUGCUGAGCAUUGUACAGCUGAUGUGCACUUUACUCUGAGGAAAUGUUGAACAGAAGUUUAAGGAGAACACAAAACUGAUUGAUUAGUGAUCUCCACUUGUAUUGCUAGGAGUUAUUAAAUCAUUUAGAUGUUAAUUUGAUGUAAAAUAUAGAUUUUAAUUCACCAAACUUUUGAUUAUCUUUACUAUUUUAUUACAAUGUUAGACCGUUUAUAUUAUGAAUAGUGUGUUACUACUGCAGUCCAUAGCAAAAAGGCCAGAUUAGCUGGUGACUUAAAGCUUUCAAUAAAUACUAAAAAUAACAGCGAUACAUAAACAUAGUUAAAAAUUGUACUGGGCUAAGGUAACACAACCUUCUGUGACAUACAUCUCGGCAGUUGUCGCACCACUAGGGCGAACCAUGGGAUGUGUAAUGUGUUUUGCCAACGCAGUAACCCCUGUAAAGUUUCUGUACACGUCUCACAGCUAAUUGCGGUUUCUGAUAGCGGAGCAAGAAAAAUAAAGCUAAGUCUACUGUAUAUAUUACUGUGUGGUUCCUGAUCAGAGAAUUACUUUUUGUACAUAAAAAUGUCACUGUGUGUUAAGUAUCUUUAUGGGCUACUUUUAAAUGUAUGCUUUUACUGCAUAUAAAACUGUUUACUUGUUCCUUGCUUCAUAUUGCCCCUCACAUAUUCCUUGUAAAUUUCCGUGACAGUGUUAUAUCUGUGAAUAUGCAAAAGACAAUUCAUUAUGUAUACAAAUGUGUGUUGUACAUUUUAUAGUUCCUUUUUUAAAUAUGAUGGUGUUAUUAUACUGUGUAAAGUUAGGUAUGUGAAAUUGGAGCAGAAAAUAGGUGGCGGUGGCAGAAAAACCUGUUUUCAGUUGAGAAAUGUGAGUAAAAGAUAAAACCUUUGAGAUCCUCAUCCAUCUAUAACAAUUAUACAAAUGGAGGUUUUUAUAAAUAUAACUGUUACGUAUAGGCUACACUCCCAGUGUGUGCCAUUAAUUUCCAUGAGAGAUACCAUCCCCCAAUGUCCUGACUGAGGCCAUAUAGUGCCAAUUCAAACUGUUCUUCCAGCCAUUCAGAACUUUUGUCCAUUCAUUGCCACUCUACGCAGCUGAACAGUAGGGAACAAGUGCUGUAAUGCAAGUUCUGUUAAGGAGACGGAAGGGAGAUUGAGCGUGAUCUAGCACAUGGUAUGACACGGCUAUGCCCUUUGUUCGGUGGUGGUGUUUCCGUCUCCCCAUUUUCAGCCAUAGCUGUGGAGAGGAUUGAGAUACUAUAUACAUUAUAAUCUACUCAUAUCUACAGCACACACUUGACUCAUAUACUGUGUACAAUGUCUGAAGUCUCUUAGAGAUUAUCACAAUUCAUGUCUCACCUAAUUCCAUAAUCAAUAAUAGUUUACUUGCUUGUGAUUCUCGUAGAACGGAAUUAUGACUUGUGACUUAAUGGCAUUUAUUGUCUUAAUUUCUUAAUCAGGUAGGUUAGAAUAUUGUGCAAUUCCUAUAUGUAGGUCUAUGUACGUAUGUUCCAGUUUGGAACCACCAUGUACGGUCUUUUCACUGUUGUGACAGAUCCAUAUGUUUAAAGAUGAGAACACAGAGAAACAACCAAGCUGGUCAUAUGGUAUCUUCUACAGACUGAGAACGGUUUUAUAUACGGUUCACAGACUGUGCCUGACAGUUGUUUGAACCACCUUCUUGAGGUUUUCCUCAAGAGCCUGUUAAAAGAGUUGUUCUUCUGGUGUUUUUCACAUUUUUUUCUUUAUCACCCGAAUCCAACUAGGACCCGCAAAAAACAUCCCUUUUUCGUGCAAAAAUACAAAGGUCCAGCGAAAAGCCACAAACCAAUGUAUUUGUGCGGCACUUACCGUGGGUCUAGGGGGCACUUAUUGCAGAUUAUGCUUUGGGUGCCUCCGCCUUACCGGGGCUAAUUGGAUAGCCCUCUGCAAGUCAAUUAGCCGAAGUAAAUUGCCGCGACUAAUUGGUUACCCCCAUAAAUUAGGAAUCACUGUUGUGUUAUCAGGCAGAACACACCAAUAUUUAUGAGCAAUUCAUAUCAGAAUACUUUGAAUUCUGCUAAACAAUAAUUGUACAGAACAAGCAGAGUAAACAUCACUUGUUCACCUAAUGUUCAUUUUACAUUAAUUAAGUACUGGUAAUCUUGACAAAUAGAACAAGAUAUUGAUGUUAUUUGUUGUCACAAUCAGACCUGUCAGCCGUUGUACUUUUGCUAAUCUAGGUAUAAUAUGUUAUUCACUUUAUUUUAUCCAUAAAUCAACACCUUUUUUGAGUAAAGUCAGUCGUCUAACUCAAGCGUUUACUCUUAGCACUGUCUUCAGUAUUAUAAAUGUUCUAUGUUUGCACAUACUGUAGCUAUUGUAUGUAAAUAUUUAUUUUCAGGCAUUGGCCUAAAUGCCAUAGCCUGCGAGCUGCCAGGGGUGCAGGACUUUGUGCGAGUCUGCACAUAUUUUUAAAGUGGCAGUCAUUUACAAAUGCCUUGUAGAUUGCCUCUACAAAUAUGGGCACACUGGCACAAAGCAGCUCCGGCAGCUCGCAGGCUAUAGCAUUUAGCUCAUUGUAUUGUAUGUUUGUGUAAUAAAUACUUCUGACGUAAAUUGUUUAUCAUUCCAUUGUAAAUGUAAAUAAAAGUGUUCAUUAUCUGAAAAA